UCAGCCCUUGAACUCUGUGCUCAAUUUCCCUCUUCUGGAUUAAAUAAGGUUGUUGUUUUUUGUUAGUGGCUUCUCUCUAGAUACAUCGUUGGACAGAACCAUGAAUUCUCUGUCUUUCACUAACUCUCAUUGAUGUAUGGUUCUCAUUCAAGUUUGUUUAAGACAUCCUAUGACUUCUGUGACGCUGUGUUCUCCUGAAGAACAGGGACCACUGUGUGUCCAGGAACCAGCACACUGCCUGAGUUACGGGGAGUGUUCAGGAAAGAUGCUGAACAAGGGAAUGAAUGAGCGCUGAUGCUGACUGGUCAACCAAGACUAAAGUAGCACCAGUGUUUCUGGGUGCACUGAUGUUUUGUUGCUCCUCAAAGGCAGUGUGUAAUGUAAAAAAGAAAAAAGAAGAAAUGGGAGCCUCUCAACAUUCAAAUAUCAGUAGACUUGCUAGUUUUAUAAACUGGCCUUUCUCUUGAAAGGCAAGCUUGGCUGAGUCCAGCCACAGGUGGGAGAGCCACUGGAUCUUACAGAUGUGCUGUUUCUCCUGCCGAGCAAAUCCCUUACUGAAAGAUUUGAUUCUGCAGUGUGGCCGCACCCACAGGGAGACCAGUACAGCCCUGGGAGAGGACAUCUGGGGCUGCCUUAACUGUUGGUGGUGGUUGAAUAGGAAUAUAAGUCUCCCAUCAACAGACAACCUGAUAUCAAAGAGCCAAGAGGCACCUCAGAUCAUCAACAUUCCUUUAAUGAGGUGAGGAACUCUUAAUGGUAAACUCAACAGCUGAGUAACAGGAUGGCGGUACAACAGGUCGGGAAUCAAGGCAGUGAGGUCAAAGCCCUGAGCCAACACCCACCUGCGAAGGGGUAUAAAAGGCCUAGGAGGGAAGGGGGUGCUCAGACUCAGUGUCUUGGCCUUCCCAGCUGCUCUGAACCUCCUGUGUAGCCUCAGCCCACACCAUGACUUCCUUCUACAUCAGCCCAUGCCAGUCUCUGGGCAGCGCCCAGGCUCCUGGAGAAAGAAAUGUCUGCGUCUCCUCCCUUGACCUUGGGGGCCAGCCUGCGAUAGAGGAAAAGGCUGCUUGUAUGGGCCUCUUGGCCAACCUGGCACACGCCAACCGAGUUCGUGUGGGGUCGACCCCUCUGGGCCGACCCAACCUCUGCCUACCCCACAGCUGCCACACUGCUUGCCCCUUGCCAGGGACGCGCAACAUUCCUGGCAACAUUGGAAGCUGUGGCGCCUAUGGGGAAGGCACCCUGAAUGGCCACGAGAAGGUGACCAUGCAGUUCCUGAACGACCGCCUGGCCAACUACCUGGAGAAGGUGCGGCAGCUGGAGCGGGAGAAUGCGGAGCUGGAGACCGGCAUCCGAGAGUUGAGCAAAUGCCAUGAGACCACCGUGUGCCCCAACUACCAGUGCUACUUCAAAACCAUUGAGGAGCUCCAGCAGAAGAUCCUGUGCAGCAAGGCUGAGAAUGCCAGGCUGGUUAGCCAAAUCGACAACGCCAAGCUGGCUGCCGAUGACUUCAGGAUCAAGCACGAGAGCGAGCACUCCCUGCGCCUGCUGGUGGAGGCGGACAUGUGUGGGAUGCACAAGCUCCUGGACGACCUGAGCCUGGCCAAGGCUGACCUGGAGGCCCAGCAGGAGUCCCUGAAGGAGGAGCAGCUCUCCCUCAAGAGCAACCAUGAGCAGGAAGUGAACAUUCUGAAGGGCCAGCUGGGAGACAGGCUCCGCAUUGAGCUGGACACUGAGCCCACCGUGGACCUGAGCAGGGUGCUGGAGGAGAUGCGGUGCCAGUACGAGGCCAUGGUGGAGACCAACCGCCGUGAUGUGGAGCAGUGGUUUGAAGCUCAGUCUGAAGGCAUCAGCCUGCAGGCCAUGUCCUGCUCUGAGGAGCUGCAGUGCUGCCAGUCGGAGAUCCUGGAGCUGAGAUGCACGGUGAACGCCCUGGAGGUGGAGCGCCAAGCCCAGCACCAGCUGAAAGACUGUCUGCAGAACUCCCUGUGUGAGUCUGAGGCCCGCUUCGGCACCGAGCUGGCCCAGAUGCAAAGCCUGAUCAGCACCGUGGAGGCCCAGCUGGCCGAGAUCCGGGCCGACCUGGAGCGGCAGAACCAGGAGUACCAGGUGCUGCUGGACGUCCGGGCCCGGCUGGAGUGUGAGAUCAACACGUACCGGAACCUUCUGGAGAGUGAAGACUGCAAGUACGUGUCAUCUAAGCAAUUCCUUGCCAGGCCACAUGCCUGACCAUCAGAUUCCUCAGAGAUAACUAUGUGCUUGUGGAAGGUUGCAUCCUAAAGAACAUGCCUCACAGUGCCUUAGUGCCUCAUUGACCAUUGCUGGUGUGUGCAGACUGUGCGGUUGAAAGAAUGGAUCACAAAUGGUAGCCAGGUCCCUAAGCCAAGCCCCCCUCCGAGGACGCCUGGAUAUGGAACAGCACAGCUGAGUGUGGACGUGGGUCUGACGGAGGAGGUUCUGUUGGGCCGUGUGAUUUGUCUAUGGCAGACCUUCCC